UUCACAUUCUUUCCUCUUACGUUUGUGUUUGCAUGUGAAAAUUGGAUGAUUUCUGAAUGAAAACUCAGGACACGGAAAAUGGCAGGGACAGAAAAAAACGGAGUAGACUGGAGGACAAUGUGGACCGGAAUGCUGACGGACGAAAUUGUCUCUAACUUGUCGCAAACAAACAACAGUAACAACAGCUCAUCUGUUCAUACGUUGAAAGCCAAAAUGUUGCUUAAAGUCAUUUUCUCUGAACUGAGGGGUAGAAUUGCAGAGGCCUCUGAGUCGAAUAGGAAACUCGAAAUAGAACGUGCUAAGGGAGAUGAUUUGAGGAGAAAAAAUGAAACUCUAAAUUCCGAUGUGGCAAAGAUGAAAGAGAGAUUGAAGGCGCUGGAAUCGGAAAAUCAAAGUCUGAGAGAUUUGAAACUUAAGAGAAACUCCGAUGAAUACAAACAGCUGGACGAGAAAAGACUGAAAGUGGAAGUGAAAAAAGAGAAAGACUUCUUUGUGCCUGAUACCAAUUUCGAUUUUAACUCCCCAUCUCCUGGUCAUAAGACCACCAUUCCUGAGACACUGGAGCGUGAUGAAUUCCUGCUUCGUACGCCUCCAAGAGGAGAAGAAAGCUCGCUGGAAACCGCCUUUUUAGAGAGCCCAAUAAUUACCGUCAGACGCUGUACUUCUUCCGCUUCCGCUUCCGCUAGUUCAGAGAGUCCAGCUUCACAUAGCCUGUGCAACAGCCAGAAUAUACCCCCUAAAACCCAAAUACCAAAAGAUGAGAAGAAGGUUUCCAAGCUGUCCCUCAGCUAUGCAGCACAGUCAAAGGCUAAGGCUGUAGAGCAGUCACCUCCAAGUGAAUUUGAGUCAACCUUCUUUGAGAAGGGAGGUGACGAUGACGAUGACAAUGACGAUUUCAAGCUCUUUGACAGUCCCAAGACCAUGAAGGAAAAAAAAAAAAUGGAAGCAAAGAAAUCCAUUGAUGACAGUGGGGACAAAAAAUUCGGUUUCUACCGAGGUGAGGUUGUAAGGAAGAAGGACGAGCGAAAUCAACUUCCUGGGUGGGAGUGCCAUGAUUGUCAAAAGUUUUAUGAAAACUUUUGUGACGGGAUGGACACACAGCAAAAAAGAGCUUUGAUCAACAAGUGUAGCAAACACAGACAGGUGCAACCAGUUCUUGGAAACACGCCUGAAGACUUUUGGAAAUUUGGCAUUUUGGAAUCGCCUAAGAAAGGUACAACUCAGGUGGGUCAGUUGAAGAAGAAGGGAAGUACAUCCAAGGGAUCGAGGCUGAUCGACAAAGCACAAGCGGUCAGCAUUUCGUUGGAUGACAGUUGGGAUUAAUGAAGGCGCUGCUGCUUUCCUCCUGUGCUCAUGGAAUCGGAUAUAUUUGUUCUGACUACAGCUCUUUUACGUGAUUUGGAAUAGUCGUAAUCAUUGAUACACAUAACUUUUAAUUCAAAAGAACUUGAGUUAAAAUUACAUUUUAAUUUUGUGAGUAAAAUAAAUUAUGUGGAAGUGAGUAAA